GCCCAACAAUUGAAAUGUUCAUGACACUUGACCCAACAGUAAAUAAGUUCAUGACUCUUGGCUAAAUAUUUGACAUGUUCAGGAAACUUGGGCCCACAGUUAAUAUGUUCAUGACCCUUGGCUAAACAGUUGGCACGACACUGGGCCCAACAGUUGAUAUUAGGUUCAUGACCCUUGGCUAAACAGUUGACAUGUUCAUGACACUUGACCCAACAGUUAAUAAGUUCACGACCCUUGGCUAAACAGGUGACAUGUUCAUGAAACUUGGCCCAACAGUCAAUAUGUUCAUUACCCGUGGCUAAACAGUUGACAUGUUCAUGACACUUGACCCAACAGUUAAUAUGUUCAUGACCCUUGGCUAAACAGUUGACAUGUUCAGGACCCUUGGCCCAAUAGUUGACAUGUUCAUUACCCUUGGUUCAACAGUUGACAUGUUCAUGACCCUUUUCAAAACAGUUGAUAUUUUAAUGACCGUUUGCACAAUAGAUGACAGUUCAAGACCCUUUGCACAACAGUUGAAAUGUUCAUGACCCUUGGCCCAAUACUUUAAAUUUUCAUGACCCUUGGCUCAACAGUUGACAUGUUCAUUACCCAAUAGUUGACAUGUUCAUUACCCUUGGCACAACAGUUGACAUGUUCAUGACCUUUGGCACAAUUACUGUUGACAUGUUACUUACUGACCCUUUGCCCUACCCAACAGUUUACAUGUUCAGAACCCUUGGCACAAUAGUUGACAUGUUCAUGACCCUUGGCACAACUGUUGACAUGUUACUUACUGACCUUUUGCCCAACCCAACAGUUUACACGUUCAGAACCCUUGGCACAAUAGUUGACAUGUUCGUUACCCUUGGCACAGUAGUUGACAUGUUCAAGACGCUUUUCAUAUUUUCAUGACCCUUGGCACAAUAGACAGUUCAAGACCCUUGGCACAACAGUUGAAAUGUUCAUGACCUUUUGCCCAACAGUUUACAUGUUCAUGAUCCUUUUCCCAACAGUUGACAUGUUCAUGACUCUUUGGCACAACAGUUGACAUGUUCAUGAACAUUGGCCCAACAGAUGACAGUUCAUGACCCUUGUCCCAACAGUUGACAUAUUCAUGAACAUUGGCCCAGCAGAUGAAUGUUUAUGACUAUGGCACAACAGUUAAAAUGUUCAUGACCCUUGGUCCAACAGAUGACAGUGUGGCACAAAAGUUGACAUGUUCAUGACUCUGCCCAAUGGUUUACAUGCUAAUGACCCUUUGCCCAACAGUUGACAUAUUCAUGACCAUUGGCUCAACAGUUAACAUGUUCACGACUCUUUGCCCAAUGGUUAACAUGUUCAUUAACAUUGGCAAAAAAGUUGCCAUGUUCAUAACCCUUGGCCAAACAGAUGACAGUUUAUGACCCUUGGCACAGCAUUUGACAUGUUCAUGACUGCCCAAAAGUUGAAAUGUUCAUGACCCUCAGCCCAACAUCUGUUAUGUUCAUUACCCCUGGCCCACCAGUUGACAUGAUUAUAACACUUGGUCCAACAGUUGACAUGUUCAUGACCCUUAGCCCAACAGAUGACAUGUUCAUUACCAUUGGUUCAACAGUUGACAUGUUCAUUACCAUUGGUUCAACAGAUGACAUGUUCAUUACAAUUGGUUCAACAGUUGACAUGUUCAUUACCAUUGGUUCAACAGUUGACAUGUUCAUUACCAUUGGUUCAACAGUUGACAUGUUCAUUACAAUUGGUUCAACACUUGACAUGUUCAUUACCAUUGGUUCAACAGUUGACAUGUUCAUUACCAUUGGUUCAACAGUUGACAUUUUCAUUACCAUUGGUUCAACAGUUGACAUGUUCAUUACCAUUGGUUCAACAGUUGACAUGUUCAUUACCAUUGGUUCAACAGUUGACAUGUUCAUUACCAUUGGUUCAACAGAUGACAUGUUCAUUACCAUUGGUUCAACAGUUGACAUGUUCAUUACCAUUGGUUCAACAGAUGACAUGUUUAUUACCAUUGGUUCAACAGUUGACAUGUUUAUCAGGGUGCAGGAUCAACGGAGUUCACAGCAGUUUAAUCACGGGCUGUAAACACACUGUUAAGCACUUCAUUUUGCAAAUAUCUCGAGUAAUUGGUAUACAUUAAAAAAAUCUUAAGUGCAUAAAAGACCGUUUUUCUUGCAGUUUGUGCCAAUAUCUUAAGAUUUAAGAAUAAAUCCUUGAAUACGUCUGAAAUUGGUGCCAAAAUUUCACGUUGCAGCAUCACCAUGUUCAUGGUCACUACAUGAAUGCAGAACACAUCAAAAUUUCAGCCAAGAACACAAGCUUAUUAAAUAAAGUAAUUUUUAUGUGCUUCAAAUACCAUAAGCAGCAUAAAAACUGUCUUUUAUGCAUACACUGAAAUUAUUUAAGAAAAAAUGGUUUGAAAGUUAUUUAAAAUAAAGCUGGACUAACCGGUGUGUUUAGUUCCAUAAACCUUUAAUGGUGAACCCCACAGUCACGUGAUCCUGCACCCUGUCAUGGCACUUGAUAAAAUGUUGACAUAUGCACGACCUUUCGGCCAACAGUUUUCUUGUUCAUGACUAAGUCCA